UGCCGUAGUAAUCUCGCGCUACCAGUCACCGCCAAACCUCCGAACGAGGCGGCCUUAAUCAUGGGCCGUUCGCUCCAGUCAUUCACGGGUUAUGUCCGCCCUUUCUCCAUCAUAGGGUCACGCCAGGCAUCGGGAUGCCCCUUUUCAAAACGUCAACGUUCCCAAAUAGCACCCACCGCCGCGCUUACCGACGAAGUAUUCUCAAACGCAAAACCCUACUCGGAGGUGCCCGGCCCCAAACCUAUCCCCCUUUUGGGGAAUACGUGGCGAAUGGUACCAGUCAUUGGUCAAUUUGACAUAUCUGAAUUCGCGAAGGUAACACAACAGUUUCUGGAUAAAUAUGGAAGGAUUGUGCGCCUCGGUGGAUUGAUUGGGAGGCCGGAUUUGCUGUUCGUGUAUGAUGCUGAUGAGAUUGAGAGGAUGUAUAGGCGGGAGGGACCGACUCCGUUUAGGCCUGCCAUGCCUUGCCUCGUGAAAUACAAGUCUGAAGUGCGGAAGGAUUUUUUUGGUGAUUUACCAGGAGUUGUUGGAGUACAUGGCGAACAAUGGCGCACAUUUCGUUCAAAGGUGCAAAGACCAAUACUUCAGCCGCAGACGGUGAAGAAGUACGUAGCACCUAUCGAGAUGGUGACAGAAGAUUUCAUCAGAUACAUGGAGAAUGCACGAGAUGAAAUUGGAGAUUUGCCGAAAGACUUUGACAAUGACAUCCAUAAGUGGUCUCUUGAAUGUAUUGGCCGAGUCGCCCUAGAUGUUCGUCUAGGCUGUCUAUCAAAUGACCUAACGAACAACUCAGAGCCGCAAAGGAUAAUCGAUGCAGCCAAAUUCGCACUCCGGAACGUCGCAGUAUUGGAAUUAAAAGCUCCAUACUGGAGAUACAUACCAACACCACUUUGGACGAAAUACGUCAAUAAUAUGAACUUUUUUGUUGAACUCUGUACGCGAUACAUCAAUGAAGCGUUAGAACGCCUGAAAACCAAGAAGGUGACGUCAGAGAACGAUCUAUCUCUCUUGGAACGCGUGCUGAAGAGUGAAGGAGACCCAAAAAUCGCUACCAUCAUGGCACUUGAUCUUAUACUCGUUGGCAUCGAUACGAUAUCAAUGGCAGUAUGUUCGAUACUGUACCAGGCAGCAACAAGAGUGGAGCAACAAGAGAAAAUGGCGGAAGAAAUACGUAAAGUACUCCCAGAUCCUAGUAAGCCUUUGACGUACGCUGACUUAGACAAACUUCACUACACUAAGGCGUUUGUUCGAGAAGUUUUCAGAAUGUAUUCAACUGUUAUUGGAAACGGUAGGACCUUACAGGAAGAUGACGUAAUUUGCGGAUAUCAUAUACCAAAAGGCGUACAAGUCGUAUUCCCAACAAUAGUGACGGGUAAUAUGGAGCAAUUUGUGUCAAAUCCAAAGGAAUUCAAACCAGAGCGCUGGUUAGAAGAAAAUGGAAGGUUGCAUUCCUUCGCUUCCCUUCCGUACGGUUUCGGAGCACGAAUUUGUUUGGGAAGACGAUUCGCUGAUCUCGAAAUACAGGUUCUAUUGGCUAAGCUAUUACGCCGUUAUAGACUAGAAUACCACCACGACCCACUGGAAUACGCUGUGACAUUUAUGUAUGCUCCCGAUGGACCUCUACGUUUGCGUAUGAUUGAACGAUAAAAAAGAUGGUUCCCAGUCUGCUUUAAAUUGACACAUGACAGAGACAUUACUAAAGUAUACAGACGCACGGAAGGUUAUUUUUCCUAUCGUUCAAUUACGUUAUGUGUUGCUAUGUAAUAUAAUGUAUUGCGUUUAAAAACGAAUCUAUACUAACGUUUUUUGUGCAUUAUGAAAUAAGUAAAAAUAUACUAUCACAGUUUACAUUACGUUAUAAUGAAACAAUAUUGCUCAUGGAAGUUAUAGUAAAAUAUAUGACAGGUUUGAUUAAAAUAAGUUUAUGUUUAAUAAUUAAAUUAAUAUUAAACUCUUGCCGUCAAAAUAUGACUUGGUCAUGACUUAUGUCAUACUUCUCAAACAAAUUAGAAAAAAUGUGACGUUUGGCAUUUGAAUCAGAGCGUUGAUUCUUGGUUAAUUGUGACAUUUUCUGUAAUGUCAAACUUACCUUAGUAACAAUUUUUAAAACUUUGAAAUUUUCUCAUACAAUUGUUAAAGGAUAAUCUAGAUGUAAAUCAUUUAUAUACGCGCUAUAUUAACAAUAAAUAAACAUCACAUCACACCAAGAUUAUGUAUAUAAUAUG